AUUUGAAUUUUCCAGGGAAACCUAAAAGGAAGUUUUGUUACGCAAAAACGUUGUAGAUCCUCCGUUUUUGCCACUCUGUUUUUUAAUAUAUAAUAUAUAUAAUAAUUAAAUGGGAAAAAAGAGUGAAAAUUUAAGCGCGAUUAGAGAAGAUUCUUAGUUUAAUUAUAUUUAAAACCCAUUUCUCAAAUUCCUAGAAAUAAUCCGCUAAUUGAUUAAUACUUCACGUUUUUGUAACUUCCCCAUCUGGGUACCUUAUAGUGUCUCUCUAUUAGCUGAAAAAAGGAAAAGAAAGUUUUAUUCAUAUAGUUGGUUGUUAUUGUUGUUUUUCUUUUUUAUGCCAUAAAGAGAAAAUCUUUUUGAUUUUGGGUUCUGUACCUUUUCUCUUUGGGUUACAAGGGUUCUGUAUUUUCAUUGUUUAUCUUUUAAGUAUUUACUUUUUAUGGUCAACUUUAGCAAUGAAAAGAGACAAACGGCAAAGUAAAGAACUCAAUUACACAGAUUAAAAAACUAAAAAAAGACAAAAUAAAGUUACAAUUUGACUAUAAAGUUUCUCUCUCUUUGAGUACUAUACAAGAAGAAGGAGACGAAGAUAUAAGGCGUGCUAACUAAACUAAUCUUAUAUUUGCUGAAUUGGAUUUGUACAAACUAGUAGUUUUUCUGGUGGAGUUGUUGAGACGUGCCUAACUCAUCUUGGUGUACAAUCUUAGAAAAGCGAAAAGCAAUUGCUCUUUUUCAUCUCUAUAUGCAAUAAAGUUUUCAAAUUUAAGGGUUGUCUUUAAAGGCCUUUGCUUUCUAGUGGGUGGGUCAAGGAGAAUUGUGCUAGAUUGGAGCUUAUCUUUGGGAUUUGUGAGAGAUAGAUUAUUGUGUUAAUAUUUUCUUUUCUUUUCUUUUGUUUGAAGAAAAAAAAGAGUGAGAUGGGUUCCUAUGGAAUGCUUGCCAAAAGGGCUUUGGAGACUGAGAUGCCAGUCAUGGUUCAGAUACAGGAAUUGAUCAGAGGCGCGAAAAAUGCCAUAUCUUUAGCCCAGGGGGUUGUUCACUGGCUACCACCUAAAAAGGCAUUAGAAAAGGUGAAAGAGCUUGUAUGGGAGCCUCGAAUUAGUCGUUACGGUGCUGAUGAAGGUAUUCCUGAGUUGAGGGAGGCAUUAAUGCUGAAGUUGCGGAAGGAAAAUAAAUUGGUCAAUUCUUCAGUUAUGGUCACUGCAGGUGCAAAUCAGGCAUUUGUGAAUAUUGUUCUGGCAUUGUGUGAUCCUGGGGAUUCUGUUGUUAUGUUUGCUCCAUACUAUUUCAAUGCAUACAUGUCCUUCCAGAUGACAGGUAUCACUAAUAUUUUAGUGGGUCCUGGAAAUCCGAAGACGCUUCAUCCAGAUGCAGACUGGUUAGAAAGGACACUAUCAGAAACUAGACCAAUUCCAAAGGUGGUUACUGUUGUUAACCCUGGUAACCCAUCCGGGACAUAUAUACCUGAACCUCUUCUUAAGAGGAUUUCAGAUCUAUGCAGAAAAGCUGGAUCCUGGCUUAUUGUGGAUAAUACAUACGAGUAUUUUAUGUAUGAUGGUCUAAAACAUUCCUGUAUAGAAGGGGAUCACAUUGUCAACAUAUUCUCCUUCUCAAAAGCCUAUGGAAUGAUGGGAUGGCGAGUUGGAUAUAUAGCAUAUCCAUCAGGCGUGGAGGGCUUUGCAACUCAACUCCUCAAAAUUCAGGACAAUAUACCAAUCUGUGCUUCGAUACUUUCUCAGCACCUUGCCCUCUAUUCCUUAGAAGUGGGACCUGAGUGGGUCACUGCACGAGUAAAAGAUCUCGUCAAGAACAGAGAAAUCCUUCUGGAAGCACUCUCUCCUUUAGGUGAAGAUGCUGUGAGAGGUGGAGAAGGUGCAAUUUACCUAUGGGCAAAGCUUCCUGACAAGUACGUUGAUGAUUUUAAAGUUGUUCGCUGGCUUGCUACAAGGCAUGGGGUGGUUGUGAUUCCAGGAGGUGCUUCAGGAUGCCCCGGACAUGUCAGGAUUUCAUUUGGGGGCUUAAUAGAGCCUGAUUGCAGAUCUGCUGCAGAGAGGCUGAAGAAAGGAUUAGAAGAAUUAGUGAGCAAUGGAAUGGUCGAGUAACUCUUUGUACAACCCAUUUGGUUUUGGUGUUGGAAAUAGGGAAUCCAUUCACCAUUGUUAACUAAUGGAAUGGUCGAGUAACUCUUUGUACAACCCAUUUGGUUUUGGUGUUGGAAAUAGGAAAUCCAUUCACCAUAUUAUAGUUAACAACUGGUGCAUUUGAAUAAUUGGAGGGUAUCCACCUGGUGAAUUGUCCAGAAGUAGAAUCAACAUUGGGUUGAUGCAAGGGCAUUCGCCCUGUUAGUUGUAUGAAGAAAAACAAUAGUUCAGAAAAUGUACAUUUUUAAGCUAUUUACUGCGAAUAUACGUUAACUACAUGCACUA